AGGGAUAUUUAGCAUAGAAAAAUAAUUUGCGAUUAAUCGCGAUUAAUUAGAGUUAACUAUGACAUUAAUGCGAUUAUUCACGAUUAAAUAUUUUAAUCGCUUGACAGCUCUAAUUAUUACACUAAUGUCCAUGUUGCAAUGUAUUUUGAAUGUUGUAUCUCCCUUGUGAGUCGCUUUGGAUAAAAGCGUCUGUUGAAUGACUAAGGCCCAAUCCCAUUUCUACCCCUUACCCCUUACCCUUACCCCUCCCCCUUGUUUUGAAGGGGUAAGGGGGAGGGGGAAGGGGAGGGGGUAAGGGGUAGAAAUGGGAUUGGGCCUUAAUGUAAAUGCAAGUUGUUUUAACAUUCUUUUUUUUCGUUUUCAUUAAUACCUUUUUCUUGCCAGGGUGGAGAUGUAAUGCUCUGCACACGCAAAUGUACAUGCUGGAGGGGUUGUCCAAAUGGAACAUCAAUCGGGCCCAGCAGGCUCUGAAUAUGAGUGUCACGUCACAAACUCGAAUUUAUGAUGUUCGUCUGAUGUCCAGUGUGAACGCCCUCAGCAACAGAGUCCUGGGAAGUGCACUUCUUCAAGAGUUUACACCCCCGGGUAAACCUACCGGUAAGAUUCUCAUGGCAACAAAAGAACAGAUGCUGAACAAUAUUCUAUUAAUGCCAAACUGCCAAAUCAUGAUGGUUACACUCACUCUUUCUACUUCAAUCUUAUUUUUCCUCGUGACUACUUAUGGCAGGUGAGCUUAUUGCGGUGGAGUAUUUGCUGGCCCAGUCCAACAGAGGAGAUCUGCUGAGUGCGCCUGACGCAAUUGGCGCCAACCUGCCAGAGGGGCCGGAGGAAGUUCAGGAGGAUGAGUUUCCUGAUGAGACAAUACCUCAGGCCACUGAUAUUCUUUUCCCGUCUUCUUCUCCGGAACCUACGGCUGAAAGUGAAGGUGCAUCUCGGAGUCCUGUCAGCUCCCCAUUUGAGGACAGUGGGCCUAUCACUUCAACUCCGGAUAGUCGGUGUGAUCCCAGAGGCAUUCCCGGAUGGGAGGCAGUCGAUGCCUUGGCAGGGUACCUUGUCAGCCUCAACCGGACGAUAACUGCUCUUUCGAACCAAGAAAUAGCAGAUAUACUGAGGUUGUACUCCAGCCUGGAUGGAAUCGACAAGUCGGAAACGCAGUGGCUCUGCUCCAGGCCAACAAGCAGCCGAGAGGUACCUGCAAACAAUCAGCUUCAAGUAUAUGUGUGUAGCUGUGUGCAGAGGUGGGUAGGAACGCGCUACAUUUACUCCGUUACAAAUACUUGAGUAACUUUUUGGAUGAAUUGUAAUUUUAGGAGUAGUUUUAUUGCAACAUACUUUU